UAAAAUUAAAAUAUAAAGUUUCUAUGAUUUUGGUAAUAUAUAUAUUUUUCUACAUUGAAUGAUAAUUCAAUACAUUAUUGUCUAUUGAAACUAGUAUUCUAGUGUCUUAGUAUAUCAAGUACUAUAAAUUGUAGUAUUUAGUGUUUUUAAUUAUUUUUGAUUUUUUUUCAGUAGACAAAUCGAACAUCCAUUUUUUAUUUUUAAUGGUUUAAUCUUCAAAUAACUCAUGGCAAAUAAUCCUGUAGACGAAACAACUCACAAAGAAGAAAAAAAGUUUGUGUUCAAGGACUCAACUUUUGACAGCACCAAAACAAUCAAUGGAAAAAAAAAAUUGUGGCGUUCUUUAAAACAAAUAACAGCUCAAGAAAGAAAUUUACCCUGGCCUGAUAACUCGAUUAAUUAUAGCAGUAUUUCUGCUCCACCAUCAUUCAAACCAGCCAAAAAAUAUUCAGAUAUUAGUGGAUUAAUUGCCAAGUAUAAAGAUCCCCAAACAUCUUUAUACUAUGCUGGACAUGAAGAAUUCAGUACUGUAAGAAAUCUGCCUAGUGAUAUUAUUACAGGAUAUUUGACGUUAAGAGGAUCAUAUAAUCCUAUUGGAUAAUGUUAAACUUGAUUAUUAAGACUGAUACAUAAAAUGA